AUGUGCCUCGCUCCUUUCUUCCUGGUGUGCCUUUUGUUCCCUGCCAUUCAAGCCACACAACUCACAAAAUGUGAAGUGGCCCAGGCCAUUAAAGACAUCGAUGGCCAUCAAGGCGUUAGCCUGCUCGAGUGGAUCUGCAUUUUAUUUCAUACCAGUGGCUAUGACACAAAAGCUGUAGUCAAGAACGAAGACGCCACAGAGUACGGACUGUUUCAGAUCAGCAACAAAUUCUGGUGCAAGAGCAGCGAGAUCCCAGAGUCGCAGAACAUCUGCGGCAUUUCCUGUGACAAGUUCCUGAAUGAUGACCUUACCGAUGACAUCGAGUGUGUCAAGAAGAUCCUGGCUUUCAAAGGCAUCGACAACUGGCCGGCCCACAAGCCCAUGUGCUCUCAAGAGCUGGAACAGUGGCGCUGCAGGAAGGUGUGAGGGCCUGACCCCGCCGCUCCCGCCUGACCCCGCCGCUCUGCCCUGUGUUCUGGAACUCCUCUUCCCGAAGGCUACCUCAGGCUGGCUCUUUCUAUCACCGUGAAGAUGAUCCAUCUCCGAGCCUGGUACCCUGUAGCGACACUGCUGGACUCUUGAGGACUUUUCUCGAUGGGUGUGUGGCUGGAGCGCUGGACCGCAGACCCUUGCUUAGGGACAGCGAGGGUCUUGAGGGUGUUUUUUUUUUCAUC